UGUUACUAUAUCACGCACAAUCAGAUGAAAGAGAGGUGUUUACGGACAUCCUAGUCCCAACAUUGUGUGAGCCCAAGCGAGACUUCGGCUUCGGCAGUUCUGUCGGGGAUUCUCACAAAGCAACAUCAUGUAACACAACUUGAAUAUUUCACCAUGCUGCGACUUUUACUAGUGUUGUUAACAGUUCGGAACUGUGUAAGCGUGGACUAUUUGUAUCCGAAGUGCUGUGAUAGUGAGAGUCAUUUAGAAGAAUUCCAAUCCACAUUUUUGUGUGUCGAAGAUGAGAAUAAAACGACUCAAUUUGUCACCAACAGGACUAAUUUUGUGGGUGCCAAAGAAGAAGGUCUAUGUAUCGAUGUCGAAAAGACAGUCGGUCUUUUUAACGUCAGUGGAAGCGACUUAGUUAAAGUGGAAGAACUGGACGUUCCGGUGUAUUCUAAAUGUUGUCCACUCAACUAUUUCUACAAUAGCACUUCUCAUGGCUGUGUUAAGUCCGAAAACGAACUGCCAACUUUCUUUAGAGAAAGUUUUGUCAAAGUUGGGCUUCGGGAGUGCAAGAUAAUUGCCGACGUCCGGGUAAAUACCCACGAUUUGGUAAUUGACGCUAUUACUAAGUACAAAAAGACUAAAGAUGCCAGUGGACAAUACUGCGUCGAUAAAGAUCAAAACAAUUUGUUCGUCGUGAGGGUUUGUCAUAGUAGUUACGAUGUUUGUGAUAAAAUUAGAUGCAUCCGCAAGUGCUGUCUUGACGGGCAAAGUUUCAUCAAUGGGUCGCACUGUAGGUACACUUUUGCCCAUGGAUUGGAUCUGUCUCCGUACGCAAAUGAAGUGGACAAUGUUAAUGAUCCUUUCGCCAUAAUUCACGACUGGCCCGAAAUACACGUAUACGCCCUCGGUCCUGGAAAAUCCGCUUUUCGUUUAGACUCCAGAGGAACUUUUAUAGUCCGAGAAAUCGAUGAAAGUUUAGGAAAAAUCAAUGUUACAAGACACUACGACAUCGACCAAAAAGAAUAUUGUACCGAACAUGCUACUAAACCGAAGCUCAACGCUUACCUCUUCUUUCGAGGGUUUCCUCAUCAGCAGCAAAUUAAAUUUGUUUACACCGGAAUUGCGAUGGCUAUAUCGUGUUUCUUUCUGGCUUUAACUAUCAUCUACUACUGCAUUUCGGACGAGAAGAGGACGCUGUUUGGGAAAAUACUGAUCAGCUAUUGUUCGGCGUCUUUCCUGGCGCUUCUUUUGCUGAGCUACUUUGGUUUAAACACAAAACGGCCGGAGAAAGGUGCUGUGAUUUGUAAAGUGAUUGCUUUCGUGAUUUUCUACCUAACGUUGGCAGUAAUCACCUGGAUGAAUGUCAUGUGCAUUGAUAUUUAUUGUACUUUUGGAUCCUCGAAAUCUUUCUCAAGCCGACAACAUAGAGGAAAAGAUCUGAAAAGAUUUUUGCUGUAUUGUUUACAUGGAUGGGGGACUCCACUAUUUCUGACGAUUCUUCCGAUAAUUUUCUACCACACGAACGUAAUGCCAUUUGAGUUACAGAUUAUAAUAAAAGAGGAAAAGUGCUUCUUGUACAAAGGUGAUGGCAAUUAUGCGCAAUUUUUAUUUUCGACGGUGCCUUUCGCCAUCAUGACCCUCUGCAACCUAAUCCUCUUCGUCAAAACCGCAAUCUAUUGCCUACAAGUUAAAAAAGAGAUCAACAAAAUGAAUGACACCCACCUCAUGAAAGGCGAGAAGUGGCAGAAGUUUAAUAAAUUCCGUGACAGGUUUGGGUUGUUGUUGAAGCUGUUCUUUAUCAUGGGAAUAUCCUUCCUGUUCGAGGUGGUUUCGACUUUCUACGACUUCAAAAAAGACGACACCACCGCGAUUAUCGAAAUAAUUUGGGACACGUUUAACUGUUUGCAAGGGGUGUUCAUAUUUGCGAUAUUUAUUCUCAAGAAGAGGAUUUUCAAGAAGUUUCAGACGAAAAUAGGACUGCAAAAAUUGCGAAAAAUUUCGCUGGUUUCUUCGGCGGCGACGCAGACGUCGUCACUCGCAACGCUUACUAAGUAAGUAGAUAUUGGAAGGUAAACCAAAGAGGAUUGUCGAAAGAUAAGCGCGGAAGUUAUUGUUAGUGUGUUGAGCAGCCUUGGAAUUAUAUUUAAAAUUGCACUCCACAAACCAUAAUUAAUUUUCUACGGCUGCACAGUUUCUGACUUUAAAAGUUAGAUGACUGAAAGCUGUGUGGGGUUAAUGUUAAUUAAUAUUUGAAAUUAUGUCAUUGAGAUUAUUAGAAUAAAUAGGCGAAAAGUAAUUUACGGGUUUGCUGUAAGUCAAUUUUCUAUCUCUCUCUUUUUUGUAUUUACAUACAUUUAUAUGUGAAGUUCAAUCAAAGCUACAUCGCAGAAAUUCAUAGCUAACUGCGAGGGAGUUUUUAUUGAACAUUUUGUAUAAUUCAAAGGAUUUUGUACCAAUCUAUUAAAUGUGUAGAUUGUGGUGUGAUUUGAUUAUCCAAAGAUUUUAGUACCUCAGUUACGUAGUAUGUAAGCAUAGAUAUAUGUAUAUGGUUAUACCUACGUUUUUUCAGAAUAUGCAUGAUGUACAUUUAAGUUUUAAUAUUUUUAUU